AUGACCGCUGAGUGCUUCUACCUGGUGGCGCUUGUCACCACCGCCAUGACCAUCACAAUGUCGAACGUGACCGUCUACCCGGAGGGCAUCAGCACAACCGUAGACGGCACCCCUAUCAUCGUCCACAACAUUUCCCCAGAUUGGAUUCAAACCUCAUCGAUGAGCAUCAGCUCCACGACGGAGGAGUUCGCCGUCGUUAUGAUGGAUCCGAUUCGAGCUCACGCGAGGGCGGCUGUCACAAUUAGCGAUUCUCCCACCGCUGUCAAUGCAGACGUCAAUGUUUCCAUCUACGGAGGCUUUAACAUCACCAAGACCCCUCAUGACGACGGCUGCCGCCCCAAAUCCUUCGUAGUGGACUUCUGCAGGAUGUAUAUGGAGGUCAGUGGGACAGUGGACACCAUCGGCAAGCUACCGGGUGGCGCGCAGAGCAUCUGCGACGUCGUCAGCCAGGUCGCUGAUGAUCUCAUGGCCCCUGCCCCAUUUAUUGAGUACCCGCCUGUUAUGGAGGGCGCGUCGGAUAUCGCGAAGUCGACCUACCUCUUGAGGUACCGUUUGGUGAACAUCCUCUCAGAGAACACAGGAUUGCCUGUGGAAGCGCACUUCGUGCGCAAGAAUGUGUUGCGGGUUGCGGUCGGCUCAUUCCUCCGCACUAGCAUCCUCUUUGACUCCUCCUACGACUACGACGUCGAGGUGCUGGAUGCUAUGGGGGUAAUGUCACAGUGGGCCAAGAAAAAGCUCAACAUUUCCGUCGACCCCCGGAACCGCACGACACUAAAGAUCCCGUUCCACGGCGGUGCUGUCACGAUCCCGACGCUGCGCAGCAUUGUCCACCAGGCGAUCAAGGAGAACGCGUUGGCGACGCUGCGGACACGUGUGCCGCGCGGUGCUUCAUUGUCCUACGAUGUUGUCAUCCACGACUUUCAGUGCACCUUUUUCAACACGGUUUGCUCCAUUCCUGUGUCGAACGGCGUGCAGGUGAUCAACUCUCGGUUCACAGGAAUGGGUGACCUCGGCACUAUCCUGGAUAACACAGUCAGUGCUUCGAUGGACAUUCUUCUCACCAACAUCACAACAGUCGCAUUGAAGGUGGUGGGCAGCACUUUUGGCCAUCGCAUCUAUCUGCCCGUGUUCUGA